AUGGCUUUUCAACCCAACAGUACGGUCAAAGUACUGGAUCCGAUCCGAGAGAACUAUGACAACUAUCUGCUCAUCGACGUUGGAUCGAACAUGGUGAACAAGAAGUUCAGCCGGGACUUGGAAUCGGUGUUACAGAGAGCAAAAGAUUCAGGUGUUCAAAAAAUAAUUGUUCCUUGCACCUCUCUUAGAACGAGUAAAGAGGCGUUGCGGUUAGCAAGAAUAUAUCCAGGAGCCUUAUAUUCAACGGCAGGUAUCCAUCCACAUGAAGCAAAAUCUUGGGAAGAUAAUUAUUAUGAUGAACUGAGAGAUAUUGCUAAGAAUCCAGAAUGUGUAGCUAUUGGUAUAUGUGGUUUGGAUUAUAACAAAGAUUUUUCUUCGCCUGAUAUACAAAGAAAAGUUUUUGAACUACAGAUUUCUUUGGCUAAAGAAAUUAAAAAGCCCAUCAUGUUGCAUCAAAAAGGAGCACAUGAAGAUUUUUUAAGGAUUUUAAAAACGCAUUUGCCUUUGGAGCUUCCAGCAAUUUUACAUUCAUUUACUGGUUCUUUUGAAGAAGCUACUGACUACAUUAACUUGGGAAUGUACAUUGGAAUAACAGGAGGAUUGUGCAAAGAUAGUUCUGGUAGCGGAAUAAAAAAACUUUUAAGCGCAGGAACAUUAACACUAGAUAGAAUACUAGUGCAAUCGGAUUCUCCAUUCAUGUAUCCAAAUGCUAGAGCAGCAAAUCUUACUGACGCAUUAAAAUCGAGCCUCACACAAAGAUCACUGGGAUUUUUACAGCGUUACUGUACAUUUCAUCGAAACGAACCAUGCUCAUUACCUAUUUUAGUGGAAUUAUUAGCCGGUUUUAUUGGUAAAAAACCAGAUGAAGUGGCUUUAGCAACAUCAAUUAAUGCGCUUAAAAUAUUUGGAAUGUCAUAA